AUGGUUGUUCCUCGGGACCACACUGAUAACAAGUCAGACUUCAGCAAGCAGGGCACUGGUAUCACGAGGGUCUUCCUGAGAGCUAUCAACAAGUUUGCAGAAACCAUGAACCAGAAGUUUCUAGAACACACAAGUUUUGAGUUCCAGCUGUGGAACAACUAUUUUCAUCUGGCAGUGGCUUUUAUCACUCAGGACUCUCUACAGCUGGAGCAGUUCACGCACGCUAAGUACAACAAAAUCCUGAAUAAGUAUGGGGACAUGAGACGGCUCGUGGGCUUCUCCAUCCGUGAUAUGUGGUACAAGCUUGGCCAGAACAAAAUCUGCUUCAUCCCAGGCAUGGUGGGACCUAUAUUAGAGAUGACACUUAUCCCGGAGGCUGAGCUCAGGAAGGCCACCAUCCCCAUCUUCUUCGACAUGAUGCUGUGCGAAUAUCAAAGGACUGGGGCUUUCAAAAAGUUUGAAAAUGAAAUCAUCCUGAAGCUGGACCAUGAGGUGGAAGGAGGCCGGGGGGAUGAGCAGUACAUGCAGCUGCUGGAGUCCAUCCUCAUGGAGUGCGCGGCAGAACACCCGACCAUUGCCAAGUCGGUGGAGAACUUCGUGAGCUUGGUCAAAGGGCUGCUGGAGAAGCUGCUGGAUUACCGGGGAGUGAUGACGGAUGAGAGCAAAGACAACCGUAUGAGCUGCACCGUGAAUUUGCUGAAUUUCUACAAAGAUCACAACCGGGAGGAGAUGUACAUUAGAUACCUGUAUAAAUUGCGUGACCUUCACCUGGACUGUGACAACUACACAGAGGCUGCCUACACACUCCUCCUCCACACCUGGCUUCUCAAGUGGUCGGAUGAGCAGUGUGCGUCCCAGGUCAUGCAGACAGGCCAGCAGCACCCUCAGACCCACCGGCAGCUGAAGGAGACGCUCUAUGAGACCAUCAUAGGCUACUUUGACAAAGGAAAGAUGUGGGAGGAGGCCAUCAGCCUGUGCAAGGAGUUGGCGGAACAGUAUGAGAUGGAGGUCUUUGACUACGAGCUGCUCAGCCAGAACCUGACCCAGCAGGCCAAGUUCUAUGAAAACAUCAUGAAGAUCCUCAGACCCAAACCAGACUACUUUGCCGUUGGAUACUACGGCCAGGGGUUCCCCUCCUUUCUACGGAACAAAGUGUUCAUCUACCGAGGGAAGGAGUACGAGCGGAGAGAGGACUUCCAGAUGCAGCUUUUGAGCCAGUUCCCCAACGCAGAAAAGAUGAAUACGACCUCUGCCCCAGGAGACGAUGUGAAGAACGCCCCAGGCCAGUACAUCCAGUGCUUCACUGUACAGCCUGUCCUGGAUGAACACCCCAGGUUCAAGAACAAACCAGUGCCUGACCAGAUCAUAAACUUUUACAAGUCCAAUUAUGUGCAAACGUUCCACUACUCCAGGCCUGUGCGCAGGGGCACAGUAGACCCAGAAAACGAGUUUGCUUCCAUGUGGAUUGAGAGAACUUCGUUCCUGACUGCGUACAAGCUGCCCGGCAUCCUGCGCUGGUUCGAGGUAGUUCACAUGUCUCAGACCACAAUUAGUCCUCUGGAGAAUGCCAUCGAGACCAUGUCCACAGCCAAUGAGAAGAUCCUGAUGAUGAUAAACCAGUACCAGAGUGAUGAAAGCCUCCCCAUCAACCCUCUCUCCAUGCUCCUCAACGGGAUCGUGGACCCUGCUGUCAUGGGAGGCUUCGCCAAGUAUGAGAAGGCCUUCUUCACUGAAGAGUAUAGCAGGGAGCACCCGGAGGACCAGGACAAGCUGAGCCGCCUCAAGGACCUGAUUGCAUGGCAGAUCCCCUUCCUGGGAGCAGGAAUUAAGAUUCACGAGAAAAGGGUGUCAGACAACCUGCGUCCCUUCCAUGACCGGAUGGAGGAGUGCUUCAAGAACCUGAAAAUGAAGGUGGAAAAGGAGUAUGGUGUCCGAGAGAUGGCCAGCCCCAUCCCAAGCCCUCUCAUUAGCAUAAAGAAAGAUGGCUUCCUGACUUUUGGCGACCGGAGAGUGGGCCCCAGGUCCAUGCUGCGUUCCUACAGGCAGAUGUCCAUCAUCUCCCUGGCCUCCAUGAAUUCUGACUGCAGCACCCCCAGCAAGGUCGUCUCAGAAAGCUUUGACCUAGAGUCAGUGACACCCAAGACUCCCAAAGUGGAGGAGGAACCCAUCUCCCCAGGGAGCACUCUGCCAGAGGUCAAGCUGCGACGAUCCAAGAAAAGGACCAAGAGGAGCAGCGUGGUGUUUGCAGACGAGAAGGCAGCAGCGGAGUCAGAACUGAAGCGGCUUUCUAGAAAGCACGAGUUCAUGAGUGACACCAAUCUCUCGGAGCAUGCAACCGUCCCCACCAGGGUGUCUGUCCUCUCUCAGAUGAGUUUUGCCAGCCAGUCCAUGCCCACCAUCCCAGCCCUCACACUCUCAGUGGCAGGCGUGCCUGGGUUGGAUGAGGCCAGCACAUCUCCCCGCCUGAGUCAGACCUUCUUCCAAGUCUCAGACGGUGACAAGAAGACCCUGAAAAAGAAGAAAGUCAAUCAGUUCUUCAAGACCAUGCUGGCCAGCAAGUCGGGUGAAGAAAGCAAGCAGAUCCCAGACAUCCUGUCCACAGACAUGUGAGCCGCUGCUGAGCCAAGCCCUGUGGAGCUCCAGCGGGGAAGCAUGCACAUGACCUUGGAGUUCCACAAGGAGAUAAGGCUUUAAAAGAGACAGAUGAUCCCAAGGGGCCCCCAGAACUCAAGUGAUGACAAGCCUCAUAUCUUCUGUAGCCACCACCAACAGUGAUGGAUGACUCAACAGACAAAGACUCACCACCACCACCACCACCACCACCACCACCACCACCACCACCAUGGAUUCUUGACUUCAAGGAACCAGCCAGUGCCGGAUGAAUGUUCUCCCCAGCAUUCAAGGGACACAGGUCAUAACUCAAAUUCACAGCUAGGAGGAGCUGUCUUUUGUUUCUUUCCUAAGUCUCAGCACUUGAAAGAACUGAUUUAAAAUGUUU